UUUUCCUCUCUCUCUUUCCUCUUUCUCCUCUGUCCUCUGGGUUGGUUUUGCUUCUUCUAAAUAUCUUGGCACUGUUGAUGAUAAUGUUUCUCAAUCUGAGUUGAGAUUGAGGAUAAAGUAUUCAGAUUCUUGGAGCUGAUACACCAUCUCAGCAUUUUGCACGAGACAUGCUGAUCUUUGAGGACAGUACUUGGCGGAAAAAAUUUGGGAAAAAAAAAAAACCAGCUUGAACCUGCUCUCCUUGGCUUCUGGAGUGUGCUUUCCUGAUACAACCAUUGGUUUUCAAUUCUUUUGAAGGAAAGGAAAAGAGUAAUUCGAGGGAACUUGUCUGGAAUUUUUUGUGUUCUUCAUUCAAGCAUGUUAAUUAUAUUGCUUAUGCACUUCUACUAUAGUUUGCAUUAUCUUCUUUUGGGUUAACACACUGUUUGGUAUUCGACGGUAUGUGUGUAAGGAUUUCUGAUCAGUUCCUUCAAGGCAGAUGAAUGCAUUGUGGUUUUAUGUGCUGCAUUUCUGUUCCAGUUGUUAGAAUUGCUCGAAUUUUGAAGUACCAAUUCCUGGAAUUCCUCCAUCACCCAGAUUUCUUGCGACUUGUGGUCUUGAUAGGUCACUUGCAUGAGAAGUCAUGUAUAUCGAAUGCAAAAACGGUCAGGCUGAGUAAUUGGGCUGUAUGGAACCGCGGACUGAGAAAAGAUUUGCAUUUUCUGUUUCUUGGGAUGGAGAACUCGGAAAGAGACAAUCUGAUGAAUUUUUCAUACUGGAGGAUCGUUGUCUUCGUUCGUUUAUGAAAAGCAAGUGGCCAGAGAGCUCUUCGCACUCUUCUGUGUAUGGAGGAGAAAGAUCCGAGUGCUUGUGUGACCUCCGCCUCAUGUUCCGAGCCUCCCGUUACUACUGCAAGUGCCAACUUUAGUGUUCAGGAUACGAGACCAGAGGUUAAAGAGUUGACAGUGAAGAAUAUGCAUCAGAUAGCUUUGAGUAGCGGCCAUAAUGUUUUCAGGCAACACCAGUUACAGCAUCUUCCUCAAUUGCUGAGUAGAAGUCUAGGCUCCCGAGAUAGUUCUCCAGCAAUGGCAAUGGUCAGUGAGGUAAACGUGGGAAUGCCUUCACAUGUACCGGUUGAACUGAUUCAGGCAAUUGAUGAGCAGAUGUUAUCCAGUGAACAACCUAGCGAGGCUGAGAAAAUCAUGAAGGGGAAGGGGACUUUUGGCUGUUCCGCUGACGGGGUUAAAAACUGCGAACCUGAGAAGCUGAGUUCUGAAGCUAAAGUAGCUUCUCCGGCAUUAUUGGAAGCCAUGCCAAGCACCGAAAAGCAUUCACUGCGUGACAUCGGUAAGUCUGAAAUUGAGAUUUCACAUGAUUGGACUAACUUAAGAGACUUGCUCAAACCGGGGUGCCGCAAGAUAAACAAACUCGAGAGCUUGCAAUUGUUCAGGCAGAUAGUGGAGUUGGUGGAUUUUGCUCAUUCACAAGGUCUUGUUUUGUUAGAUUUGAGGCCUUCCCACUUUGUUCUGCUUUCCUUGAACAAAAUCAGAUAUAUUGGUUCGUCAGCCAACAGAGAGGCAGCGACUGUCCUUAAUCAGGAUUUGAAAAGGAAAAGGCCGUGGGAACAGGGUGAGCAUGCUUUUUGCAUCUUUGGUGAAAAGGACCAACAAAAACUUGGUCAAGACAGAAAAGCUCUUUCAUAUCCGCAGUUCGGCUCCAGUCCAGGCUUCAGAAGUCCGAUAAUCGCUGAGUUAGAUACAAAUGUCACAGGUUUUCCAGGAUCAACACAUAACAUUGAACCAUGUAAUACAAACUUCAGCCACCAAGACAUUCAAUCUGUGCUUUCUCAGUUGGAAGAGAGAUGGUAUACUAGUCCUGAGGAGCUCACUGAAGUAGGCUGCAUUGCUGCAUCUAACUUAUACAGCCUGGGCAUCCUACUUUUUGAGUUGCUCUGUUGCUUUGAGUCAUGGGAAGCUCAGUUUGUGAGAAUGUCGGACUUGAGUCAACGGAUUCUGCCGCCAAAUUUUCUUUCGGAGAACCCAAAGGAAGCUGGGUUUUGUCUUUGGCUUCUUCAUCCUGAAUACAAUUCCCGUCCAAAGACUAGGGAAAUCUUGCAGUCGGAAUUAUUAUGUUCAUCGCAAUCGCAUGAGUUGCACCAAAACAACCAUCUGGGCCGUGAAAAUGAUGCAGAAUCAGAGCUAUUACUUCACUUUUUGGUUUCACUGAGAGCUCAAAAGUUGAAGGAUGCCACCAAGUUAGCAGAAGAUAUAGGACACAUCGAAGAAGAUCUUAAAGACAUGGAGAGAAGAUUCUGUUCAUUAACCUCCUCUUUGCUCAGUGAGACGCGCACAGAGUUCCUUUCAGAAAAUCUCACGACUUCCGGAUUCCACAGUAGACCGUACUUGCUCCCAACCAGUGAAACGAACUUGUCAAGACAUUUAAGGCAGCUUGAGGAUGCUUACUUUUUUGUGAGAUCUCAGUUACAGACUAGAAAAGGCUCUGUGGCGGCACAUCCUGACGAAGGAUUGCUAAGCAAUCAAGAGAGAUGGUCUGGGGUAUGGCAUGUAAAUCAGGACCUCAAUGUCAGGCAAAGGCCAUCUGAUCUUACAGAUGACUUUUUCGAUGGUUUAUGCAAGUUUGCUCGGUAUAGUAAGUUUGAAGUACGGGGAGCAUUGAGAAGCGGAGAUCUUCUGAAUUCUGCAAAUGUGCUUCGAUCUAUAGGUUUUGACCGUGACGAGGAUUAUAUUGCAGCUGCUGGUGUGUCGAAGAAGAUAAAAAUCUACGAGUUUGCUGCUCUUUUAGAUGACUCCAUCGACCUACAUUAUCCAGCAGUUGAGAUGUCAAACAAUUCAAAGCUUAGCUGUGUCUGUUGGAACAGCUACAUGAGAAACUACCUGGCUUCAACUGAUUAUGACGGCAUAAUUAAGAUAUGGGAUGUGAGCACUGCUCAAGCAUUUUCACAACAUAUGGAGCACCAGAAGAGGGCUUGGUCUGUUGACUUCUCUCAAGCAGAUCCUAUGAAGUUUGCAAGCGGUAGUGAUGAUUGUUCUGUGAAGCUGUGGGCAAUCAAUGAGAAAAACUCCAUUGCCACCAUUUGGAACCCAGCCAAUGUCUGCUGUGUUCAGUUUUCUCCUCACUCGACUCAUCUUGUGGUUUUUGGAUGUGCUGAUAACAAAAUCUAUUGCUACGAUCUUCGGCACACUCAAAUUCCUUGGUGCACUUUAGCUGGCCAUGGGAAAACAAUCAGCUAUAUUAAGUUUUUGGAUUCUGAAAGCAUCGUCUCCGCAUCCACUGACAACACCUUAAAGCUAUGGGAUCUAAAGAAAGCAAACUCAGAUGGGUUGUCCUCAAAUGCUUGCACCUUAACAUAUAGGGGUCAUACUAACGAUAAGAAUUUUGUAGGUUUGUCCACUUUGGAUGGAUACAUAGCAUGUGGCUCAGAGACUAAUGAGGUUUAUAGUUACUAUAGAUCCCUGCCGAUGCCAAUCACUUCUCAUGCAUUUGGAUCUUCUGAUCCUAUUUCUGGAACCAAGAUUGGCAAUAGUGAUGGUAAUUUCGUUUCAAGUGUUUGCUGGGGACGAAAGACAAAUAUGGUUGUCGCUGCCAAUUCUGCUGGAAGUUUGAAGAUCUUGCAGAUGGUUUGAG